UUUACUAACAUCGUAACGAUGCAGCAGCAAGAAAAAACAGGUUUUGUAGAAUCAUCCCAGGUUUGCACAGAUUUAUCACUGAGUUCACCAUCCUUGCAAAGCAAAAGCAAUGAGAAAAAGAGGGGAAAGAAAAGGAAAAUGAAAAUGGAGAAUGAGUGGAAGUGUUCAACAUCGCUGGAGCUUUACGAGAACCCAUGGAAGAUAAGGAAAGUGUUGACAAAGAGCGACACUGGGAGACUCAGCAGGCUCUUGCUGGGGGCAGAUGUGGGGGAGAACUUCAUGCUGCCCGUCCUCGAUUCCCAUGCGCAAACAGAGGUCAUCAAUGGAACGGGCAGCACGGUCAGCGUGUGGGACGUUGACACCAUGUCCAUGCACAACCUCAUUCUCAAGCGUUGGCCUUCUUUCAACAACUUUGUUCUGAUGGGCAGAUGGAGCUCGGAUUUUGUGCAGAGAAGACAGUUGAUCAAAGGCGAUGAAAUUGGACUGCUCUGGGAUUCCUUCAAACACUGCUUUCACUUCUCUGUGCUCAAACGCAAUCACUAGUUACUGGUAUGUUUCAACCAAAACAUCUCAAAAGUUUAACGUCGACUAAAAAUAAGACAAUUUUAUAGUAUAUAGUGUAUAAAUAGAUGCAUAUCUCAUUUUACAAACCGAUUUUAUAGAGUUGAAACAUCUCAUAUUCUGUUGAAGAUUUCACGUUGACUAAAAAUAAAACAAUUUCAUAAUAUAUAAUAUAUAAAUAAGAUGCAUAUCUCAUCUUACAAACCGAUUUUGUAGAGCUGAGUUAGACUUAAACUCUAGUAGAUAUUUGAGAAUGACUUCAUAUAUCUUGUUAUAUCUUAUUAACAAGAUACUAAUAACUAUAAUAUUUGCGGAUAAAAAGAAAAUCACAAACAAACGUUAAUCGAUUUAUGAGAAAAUUGAGAUGUUUGUAAGGAAUCAUAUGAUUAGUAAAUAACAGUGACAGAUGUUGGUGAUUGUCAUCAAGAAAACCUAUGAAAGAGAUGGUUAUUGUGUAGAUAGAGGUUAUGAUCUUAAGUGAUAUAUGAAA